AUGCCAGAGUAUCAGUAUCUCUCCGGCUUUGGAUCGCAUUUUUCGUCAGAGGAUCCACGAUUUCCAAAUGCGCUACCAGCAGGGCAAAAUUCACCGCAAAAGUGUCCUUAUGGUUUGUACGCCGAGCAACUUUCCGGUAGCGCGUUCACCGCACCACGCACCGAAAAUGUCCGCUCAUGGUUGUACCGGAUCCGGCCCUCGGUCGUACAUCAACCGUUUAAGCGGUUCGAGAGCGUAGCACCGUUCCUUCGCGGGACGGGCUGGGAAGAGCAGCACCCGAACCCGAAUCAGAUGCGCUGGAAUCCGUUCGAUUUGCCAGCCACCGGAACCGAGGUGGACUUUGUGGCCGGCUUACACACCGUGUGUGGAGCGGGUGACGUCCGUUCCCGCCACGGGUUGGCAAUACACGUGUAUCUGGCCAACAGUUCGAUGCAGGAUACGGCGUUUUACAACAGCGAUGGGGAUUUUUUGAUUGUUCCCCAACAGGGUCCUCUGGACAUCACGACCGAGUUUGGACGCUUGUACGUGAAACCGAAUGAGAUCUGCGUCAUUCCGCAGGGUGUCCGGUUUAGCGUGGCGCUUGAGGAGGUCUCACGGGGUUACAUCCUCGAGGUGUACGAUGGACACUUCCGUCUGCCCGACCUGGGUCCGAUCGGUGCGAACGGGUUGGCGAACCCACGUGACUUCCUUACGCCGACUGCACACUUCGAGGAUCGUUCCGUGGACGGUUUCCGUAUCGUGUCGAAGUUCCAGGGAGCACUGUUUGUUGCCACGCAAGGCCACUCACCAUUCGACGUAGUCGCCUGGCACGGCAACUACGUACCGUACAAGUACGAUCUGGCCCGCUUCAUGGUGAUCAACUCCGUUAGCUUUGAUCACUGUGACCCGAGCAUCUUCACCGUGCUUACCUGUCCCAGCAACCGGCCCGGAACAGCCAUAGCCGACUUCGUUAUUUUCCCUCCAAGGUGGUCCGUUCAGGAGCAUACCUUCCGUCCGCCUUACUACCACCGUAACUGCAUGAGCGAGUUCAUGGGUCUGAUCUUUGGUCGGUAUGAAGCGAAAGAGGGAGGUUUCUUACCCGGUGGAGCCUCGCUCCACUCGAUGAUGACACCGCACGGUCCGGACCAUCGUUGCUUCGAGGGAGCCUCCAAUGCGGAGCUUAAACCGGAACGUAUUGCCGAAGGAACGCAAGCGUUCAUGUUCGAGUCAUCGCUAAGCAUGGCCGUGACACGUUGGGGCGAGGAAACCUGCCAGAAGUUGGAUGCACGGUACUACGAAUGCUGGCAGGCACUGGAAAAACACUUUCAUCUGUAGAUGGGAAGAGUUUCAGCUAUUUUUUUAAAAAAAGAUUCAAAGUAAUCGAAAUAUUUCGCCUGUACUCUCAAGAAUGACAUCGAUUUGUUACUUUUCCGGUUUGCUUAUAUUUCAUUUGAAUUUUAUUCAUUUUUAUACCUUUCUUUCUUUCGCAUGUUUUCAUAACAUUUUGUUGCCUUUUUUUCAUGUUAUUUUCUCUUGUGUUCCUCUUCUAUUUCUGUUUCAUAAUUACGAAUAUAUUUUUUUAAGAAGCAAAUUCCAUAAAAUUAUAAACCGGGUGGUUUUUGUUCGUUUUAUGUAUUUUUUUUAAAUAUUCUUUUCUAUGUUUGCUGAAGGAGAGAUUGCGUGUGUCCGUAUGGUAAUUUUUUUUUUCGCGAUUUUUUUCUGUGCAGCAGUCCCAAACGCCUUUAUUAACUUGUUCGAUUCGUUUCUGUACCGUAGUACCAGUUAACAACAGGACAAUUUCUGCAAUACGUCAGUAAUGAGUAGUUAUCACCAGAUUCGCGAAAGAAGUGUUAGUGUUUUCCGCUCUAUUUUUUAGUUCGUCUGUAGUCAAUUUCGCACAAAAGGGACUUUUAUGUGACUGAUUCAACAUACCGAUUAAUAUUUGAUUUAAAUAGCCUCAUUGUCAGCGUUUUUUCUAUGUACAUCUUCCCAUACGUACCGUCAGCUCUCGUUGUUAGUAUAGGCACAGACAUAUCCAGUUUUGAGAUCCUUAAAAACGAAUGAAUACAUCCAGUAUCAAUAUCGAACCGUGCACCGUGGUGUCCUUUAUUGCAACAUUUAAAUACAACCGAAAUCCCGUUCCGCGGGAAA